GUUUUAUUAUCCCCCCCCCACCUUUUGUAUUUCGAUCUUAGGACUUCAAGGACAGAAAGGAACAAAAGGAGAAUCAGGAGUUCCAGGUCCUGCGGGCAUGAAGGGAGAAAUGGGAAACCAGGGCCUGGUAGGCCCCCAGGGUCCACCGGGACUGAAAGGCCAAAAGGGAGAGCAGGGAGCGAAAGGAUCUUCUGGAGCGCAGGGAAUACGGGGAGAAAAAGGUGAACCCGGACUCAGUUAUCCGGUGCAGAUGGUCAGGAUCAUCGGCACUAGGAACCGAGGCCGGGCUGAAGUUUACCAUAACAAUGUCUGGGGGACCAUCUGUGAUGAUGACUGGGACAAUUCAGAUGCCACUGUCUUCUGCCGCAUGCUGGGCUACUCCAGGGGAAUAGCCCUUACCAAUGUAACACCUGGCAGUGGGGAAAUCUGGCUGGAUGACGUUGCCUGUCGAGGGACAGAGACGAGCCUCUGGAGUUGCCAAAAAAGCAACUGGGGCUCUCACAACUGCAACCACAAUGAGGAUGCUGGCGUGGAAUGCAGAUGACCUCCCACAGCCCCUCCACCGUGCUGUGCCCAAAGUGUCUGCAGACAUGGACACUCAACUUCUCUGGGGGAGGGCCAACACUCUCUGAGGGGUCACUCUGGGCUGGGGCCACUAAUAAAGCUCAAAGCACGACCUGGUAA